GUUCCACAUGAAGGACCAAUGUGUGAUCUCUUAUGGUCUGAUCCUGAUGACCGCUGUGGUUGGGGAAUAUCUCCGCGUGGUGCUGGAUAUACUUUUGGGCAGGAUAUUGCCACUCAAUUCAACCACACAAAUGGCCUUACGCUGAUAUCAAGAGCCCACCAGCUUGUAAUGGAGGGAUACAAUUGGUGUCAGGACAAGAAUGUGGUGACUGUUUUUAGUGCUCCAAAUUAUUGUUAUCGGUGUGGGAAUAUGGCUGCAAUCCUUGAGAUUGGGGAGAAUAUGGAUCAAAAUUUUCUUCAGUUUGACCCCGCACCUAGGCAAAUCGAACCAGAUACCACUCGCAAGACUCCCGAUUAUUUUUUGUAAACGCUCUCUGUCCUUCGGCUGCUUGUAAUUCCCCUUCUAUCUGCCGUGUUACUGUGAAUUUGACUCUAAAAGGAUCACUCUUUGUUCAAGUUUUCCCCAUUCUUUUGUUUCCGAGUUUGUGCUGAUGCUGCUCUGUGAAGGUUUGAUUGAUCAAGAAAAAUGACAGAAGGCAUCAGAGGGCCUAUAAUCUUGUAUAUUUUUUUAAGAAGGAACACGAGCAAGCGGCAAUAUGACCUUUCUUGUGCUCUGUAAUCUUACAUUUUCAAAGUAGAGAGAUGAUUUUUGGAACGCUUUGUAGUAUUAUUUAUGUUUGAGAUAUCCCAAUGGCUAAUGAAACUGCAGGAACUGAACUGGUUAUUUAUUUAUCAAAGUUGUAUAUGUUUCUUGUCA